AUGGGAGGCCGCCGCAAUGUGCACGCUUACAACCAGGACGAGAUCGACAGGCUCCAGGGUAUCCCACUUCCCAUGAAGAUCAAAUGCGGCCGGUGCCACAAGAACCUUCCUCAAGUCAAGUACUCCACCAAGCAGCUGACCGAUGCACGACACCAAAUCAAGACCUCAAGCAAGAUCACCAAACCCAUCAACUGCCACAGUUGCACUGGGCAGCAGAAGGUCGAGAUCGAGUGCACCAUGUGUGGCAAGACGAAGGGCUUGGAGGAGUUCGCAAAGUCUCAGCGCGCCAAGCCCGACACUGCCAAAUGCUUCAAGUGUGUUGAGGCUCAGCUCGCUGAUGAGGCCGUCGAUGAAGACCGCUAUAUCGAACCAGAUAGGGCCUUUGUUCCACCCGACCACUCCCAGGGUCAGUUUCCCGAGUACUGGUCCGCAGCUACUAGUGAAACAUCUUCUACUUAUGGAGAUGACGAGUGGAAGACUGUUAACGGCAUCAACCGACGAACCGAGCGCAAGGAUAUUGAAGACGGAGGUAUUGCGCUGUCGGCUGGAUUCCAGAAGGCUAUGUCCAUCAACGGCUCAGCAGACGAGAGCCUCAUCGACACCGAAUACUCCUACCCGGCUGGCCAUGGGAACGCCAACACCGACAGCUGGAGCGAGGUCCGCACCAAGUCCUGGCACACCCAGUCCAAUGCGGCUCCUAGUGCGAGCUCAGGCUUCAACCCCAACGCCUAUCGUCGCUCGACUUCCUCCGUCACCGGCUCGUCCCACACCUUCACCUCCAGCGUGGCUGAGCGAUCUGACACUUCGGAUAUCCGCCCCAAUGGAUGGGCCAAGAUUCGUGCUGCUCCUCGAGGUCCUCCUAUGAUGCCUAUGGGGGAUACUGUCCGACAGACAGGGUCCACUGUCGAUGCUUGGGACUCGGAUGAGGAGGAAGACGAAGAAGACGAGGACAAUGAUGACAGUGACGACGACACAGUCAUCUAG